AUGAACAAAAUUGAAAGAAUUGGCCAGUUAACGUGUGUCCUGCUGCUGGCGGUGAAUGAAUGUCUUGCUGUGCACAGCAGAUUGAGGUUAGUAACACAGAAUUUGUUUUUCUUACAUCUUCCUACUUUCGUGCAUUUGCAGGACGCCUUUGUAUCAUUCCACGUUGACAAGGUGCUGGUGAGCAAGUACUUGAAGUCACUGGAGAUUGGGGAGCUAGCACCAGAUCAACCCAGUAUUGAGCCCACUAAAAAUUUCCAGGUCCAAGCUUCAUGGUUACAACAUGAUUUGGGACAUCUUUCAGUAUUCAGGAAGACCAAGUGGAACCACUUGCUGCAUAAGUUUGUGAUGUGCCAUUUGAUUGGGGCAUCAGCCAAAUGGUGGACUCUUCUGCACUUCCAGCACCAUGCCAAACCAAACUGCUUUGAGAAAGAUCCUGAUAUUGAUAGGCACCCUUUCUCGUUUACUUUGGGGAAGCAAUUAUCUGUGGAGCUUGGGAUCAAAGAGAAAAAAUACGUGCCAUACAAUCACCAACACAAAUACUUCUUCAUCACUCUUCCUCCGCUCCUGUUUCCCACCUACUUCCACUACCACACGUUUUACAUUGAAUGCACAAAAGGGUGUUGGGUGGAUUUGGCCUGGAUGCUGACCUUCUAUAUCAAAUUCUUUUUUACUUAUGGAUCAUUAUUCGAAAUAAAGAGUCUCCUCGCUUAUUAUUUUAUAUUCAGGAUGCUGGAGAGUAGCUGGUUUGUCUGGGUUUCGCAGAUUAACCACAUCCCUAUGGAUAUCUGCUAUGACAAAAAUUUGGACUGGGUGUCUCUCCAGGCAACAUGCAAUGUUGAACAGUCUCUGUUCAAUGACUGGUUUACUGGGCAUCUGAACUUCCAGAUUGAACAUCACCUAUUCCCCACAAUGCCAAGACACAACUACUGGAAGGUGGCUCCUCUGGUGAAGUCCUUGUGUGCCAAACAUGGCAUUGAGUACCAGUGUAAGCCGUUACUCACGGCUUUUGCAGACAUUGUGCACUCUCUGAAGAAUUCAGGAGAACUCUGGCUUGAUGCUUACCUACACAAAUAACAAGACAAUGCUUGAGGGUACCAUUCACAGUCUGCCACAACUUUGCAUUCCCAGCAAGCUGAGGAGCAGGGACCACUUCCAUGACAGAAGAAAAUGGAUAAGAACAGAUGGAUAUGAUUCCAAUAGAUAUGAAGUUACUUGAAUUCUACUUCUGGUCUUCUAGUAUCUGGU